GUUAAUCAUGCUCGCUGGAUGUUCUCAGGAGACAAGACGGACUCGUCUCACCAAAUAAAAGUCCACAACAGAGAGGUGUGUAAACAUCUGACAGGGAAUCAGAGCAGCCCGCUGACGAGAGACAGUGACAGGACACAGACACACCUGCGAGCUCAGGGCGGUGAAACUGCAGCCGACACAGCAGAAUCGAUCCACGCCACAGGAAGACUGAAGAAGUUACAGAAUCUGAUGCAAACAAAGAAGGGACCUGGAAAAGUGAAGAGUCCAUCUGAGGAUAAGGAUCAUCUGUUGAGUAACAACAAUCCAGUGCUGACCUGCAUCGGUCUGGGGAAGACAACAAAGCAGCAGCAGACCAAAGACGAAUGUUCAGAAGAGGAAGGAGUUUGCAGCCCGCGGCUUGGGAACUAUCUGUGGAGCCCGUUUGAGUGCCCUCAGCCCUGGACUCCCUUCUACCACACGUGCCACCAACCAAGACAUGAACUGUGGGUCUGCGGCGGCGCCUUGUCGCUGCCCCGGACAACAGAAUGGGAUCGCUUUGAGAGUUUGAUUCAAGAACUGGACAGCAAACAGUCUGAUCCUCCACAAACAACCUGCUCCAUCACAGAUCCGCAACCCUCACAAAACACCAAUCCAACCAAACUGAAGCUGCAGAGGAAAGAGACGGAGACCUCAUCGCUUAGAGACAGAAAGCACAUCAAGGCCUCAGCAGAGAAGACAGACAGUCAUGGUGGAAACCCGCAGAGAGAUGAAGCAGAGAAAAGAGAAGUUGGAGGUGGAGGAUCAUUUUCUAUAGGACACAGGCGGUCCGGUAUCUCUCUGGACUCUCUGUACAGCCUCAAUAGUGGACAAAGCUCUUCAAGUGGAGUCACCAGUGGGUCAGACUACUCCAGUAACAGAGGCAGUCUGAGACUGGAGGACGAUCUAUUGUACACCGGACAGUUCUGUGGCAGAGCCAGAGUCCACACAGACUUUGUGCCAAGUCCGUAUGACAGUGAAUCCCUCAAACUCAAGGUUGGAGAUGUGAUUGACAUCAUCGCCAAGCCGCCCAUGGGAAUAUGGACGGGUGUGCUGAAUGGCCGAAUGGGAAAUUUCAAGUUCAUUUACGUGGACGUGCUGACAGAGGAGAGUCCUGACACGCACAGUGAAGCACAGAUCCACAGAGAGAGACAGAAAUCAACAGUCCAGGAGGUUUUAAGGCGCCUCAGUUUGGAGGAGUACUCCUCGUCCCUGCAGCUGAACGGUUACCAAACGGUGGAUGACUUGAUGAGGUUGAGGGAGCACCACCUGACUGAUCUGAAUGUGACUGAUCCAGAGCACAGGCAUCGUCUGCUCGCCGCCGUCGACUCCCUGCAGCAACUGCGCCCUGACAGACAGUUGGAGAAUGAGGCCAAUCAGGAGGCCGAGACCCCCGGCGAGAACAUGAAGGCAGAUACGAACAACUGCCCAAGAGACUCUGGAUGCCACAUGCCAUCUGACAGCCCUGACAACAGCGCAGAGGACACACACCUUCACUUCAUCUCCGAGUACCCUCUAACGGCUGAGACGACGGCUUCGUGACGAAACGUCGGUUUUAUGUUGCUGUUUGUGAAUCAAAAGCUGUGUAUGUAUUAAUGAUGUACAAAAUCCACGAUGAGCCUUUACAACUGUUAAUCCUCA